CAUCUCCGCCCUGCGAUCUCUCUUCCUCCACAGCACCGGAGUCUGUUUUUCAGUCUUCCAUUGCACUAAAGCUAGAACUUAUUUUAGACCGCAUUGUUUUAAUCCUCGGAUGCUUUUACCAACGCUUUAAUUGAUUCCAUCGUCCGCAAUGGCCAAAGGAACCCCCGCCGCAUCCUCGCCCACGACCGCGACGCCUCCGUCUGCAGCGCUCAAAAAAACAACAUCCAGCGCGCAGAACAUGAGAAGUCAGAAGUCUAUCCUCGGAUUUUUCCAAAAAUCAUCUCCCUCGACACCAUCUUCUGCUGCUCGACGCCCAGAGCCCGCGUCUUCGCCGGCAGAAUGUGUCUCAGAGAACCGGGGGGCGAACGCUCCGGAGGAGGCUUCGACGGGAAAGAAGAAGAAUGGGCUGAAGUUCUCGCAGAAGUUGACGCCUGUUCCGAGUAGUGAUUUGGGUGGGAUUGAUGAGGAUGAGGAGAAGGGUGCAGAUGGACAGUUGCAGACGAGUCCUGUUCAACCCAAGGCCUCUGGUUCUCCGUCACGUCGAUCCAAGAAGCAGGUCAACUACGUCGAGUCCGAUUCCGAAGGAGAAGAUGAUGACGAUCAAAUCUUUGGCCCCAAUCGGAGGAACAGUCGGGUUAAUAAGAGGAGGAAGACUUCGCCUGAAAUUGAUGAUGAUUUCAAACAGGAUGGAAAUGAUGAUGGUCAUUCCGACGAAGAAAUGGACGAUUUUGUAGUUGCAGACGAAUCGGAUGAGGACGCAAAGCCGUCGAAAAAGCGUAAGAGACCCACGAACCGACAGGCACCGAAAUCAUCGCCGCCGCCGUUUGAGCCAACACCGGCCGACGAAGAAUUAGAUCUAGACGUCCCAGAUGCUCCAUCUGGAACGACCGUGAAGUGGACGUAUGAUCCGGACAAUCUCGAACCUCGUCAACAGCGCACUGCUCCUACUUCUUCCAAGAGUCCUUCCAGCGCCGUCAAGCAAAAGGCACAUCUCAAAGAACCCGAGGAACGUUACUCAUGGCUUGCAAAUCUUCGGGAUAUAGACGGUCACCCCAUUGGUCAUCCGGAAUACGAUCCUCGUACUCUUUAUAUACCUCCGCUGGCAUGGUCCAGAUUCUCUCCUUUCGAGAAGCAGUACUGGGAGAUCAAACAAAAAUUUUGGGAUACUGUUGUCUUCUUCAAGAAAGGAAAGUUCUACGAACUUUAUGAGAACGAUGCCACCAUCGGUCACCAGAUGUUUGAUCUCAAGCUCACUGAUCGAGUGAACAUGCGCAUGGUCGGUGUUCCUGAGAUGAGCUUAGAUUAUUGGGCCAACCAAUUCGUGGCCAAAGGCUACAAGAUAGCUCGUGUGGACCAAUCUGAGUCCGCCUUGGGUAAGGAGAUGCGUGAGCGAGAUGGUAAGAAGAGUGGUGGGAAGGAAGACAAGGUCAUCAAGCGAGAGUUGUCUUGCGUCCUCACUGCUGGUACCCUGGUUGAAGGGUCGAUGCUCCAGGAUGAUAUGUCCGUGUAUUGUGUCGCUAUCAAGGAGGCCAUCAUUAAUGACCUCCCUGCCUUUGGGCUUGCUAUUGUCGACACCGCGACGGGUCAGUUCUCUCUGUCUGAGUUUGUCGACGAUGUGGAUAUGACCAAAUUCGAAACAUUCGUCGCGCAGACCCGCCCGCAGGAAUUGCUUCUCGAGAAGUCAACAAUCUCCCAGAAGGCGCUGCGCAUACUGAAGAACAACACCGGCCCUACAACCAUUUGGAACUACAUGAAGCCCGAAAAGGAAUUCUGGGAGGCUGAUAUUACUGUCAAGGAACUUGAUGCGGCUGAGUACUUUGUCUCUCAGGACGACGAAAACCUUCAAGCGUGGCCCGAGACACUUCGACAGGCUCGAGAGAAGGAGUUGGUGAUGUCUGCGUUCGGAGCCAUGGUGCAGUAUCUUCGUAUUCUGAAGCUGGACCGCGAUUUGAUCACCAUUGGGAACUUCGCCUGGUACGACCCGAUCAAGAAGGCAUCUAGUCUCGUCCUAGAUGGCCAAACGCUCAUCAACAUGGAAAUCUUUGCGAACUCUACCGAUGGUGGUUCGGAUGGUACUCUUUUCCAGCUCUUGAACCGCUGCAUUACCCCGUUCGGAAAGCGAACUUUCAAGCAGUGGGUUUGCCAUCCUUUGGUGGACGCGAAGAAGAUCAAUGCCAGAUUAGAUGCUGUUGAUGCUCUCAAUGCUGACCCGAGUGUUCGUGACCAAUUCUCUUCUCAAUUGGUCAAGAUGCCUGACUUGGAGCGACUUAUCUCCCGCAUUCACGCUGGCAACUGCAAAUCCCAGGACUUUGUGCGUGUAUUGGAAGGAUUCGAACAGAUCGAAUACACAAUGAGCCUUCUCACUGACAGUGGUUCUGGCGAAGGUGUCAUUGGACAGCUCAUCAAGUCCAUGCCUGACCUGGGCAGCUUGCUUGAGUAUUGGAAGACAGCAUUUGACCGCACCAAAGCCAAGGAGAACGGCAUUCUAGUUCCAAAGGCAGGCGUCGAGGAAGACUUUGACAACUCUCAGGAGUUCGUCGAACAGUUGCACAGUGAUCUCGAUAACCUUCUGAAGAAGGCACGUCGAGACCUUGGCUCGAGCGCCAUUUGCUACAGGGACAAUGGAAAGGAAAUCUACCAGCUCGAGGUCCCCAUCAAGGUGAAGAAUAUUCCCAAGAACUGGGACCAGAUGUCUGCGACAAAGCAGGUCAAGCGGUACUACUUCCCUGAGUUGCGAUCUCUCAUUCGCAAGCUACAAGAAGCCCAGGAAACGCACAGUCAUAUCGUCAAGGAAGUCACUGGUCGAUUUUAUGAACGCUUUGAUGAACACUACGCCACCUGGCUCGCAGCCGUGAAGAUCGUAUCGCAGCUCGACUGUUUGAUCAGUUUGGCCAAGGCUUCAGCGUCCCUGGGCGAGCCAAGUUGCCGGCCCGAGUUUGUCGACAAUGAGCGCAGUGUUCUUGAAUUCGAGGAGCUGCGCCAUCCGUGCUUGCUUUCUUCCGUUGAGGACUUCAUCCCGAACGACGUGCAAUUGGGAGGAGAAAGACCCAAUAUCGACUUGCUUACCGGAGCCAACGCUGCCGGAAAGUCAACGGUCCUCAGAAUGACCUGCGUGGCUGUCAUCAUGGCUCAAAUUGGCUGCUACCUGCCCUGCCAAUCUGCCCGCUUGACCCCGGUCGACCGUAUCAUGUCUCGUCUGGGCGCCAACGACAACAUCUUCGCUGCCCAGUCGACCUUCUUCGUUGAACUCUCCGAGACCAAGAAGAUCCUCGCAGAAGCUACCCCGCGCUCUCUGGUUAUCCUCGAUGAGCUAGGCCGUGGAACAAGCUCUUACGAUGGUGUCGCCGUCGCCCAAGCCGUCCUGCACCACGUCGCCACGCACAUUGGCGCCAUGGGCUUCUUCGCAACGCACUACCACUCCCUCGCCGCGGAAUUCGAAAACCACCCCGAGAUAUCCCCCAAGCGUAUGAAGAUCCACGUCGACGACCAAGAGAGACGCAUCACCUUCCUGUACAAACUGGAAAAUGGCGUCGCGGAGGGAAGUUUCGGUAUGCACUGUGCUGCGAUGUGCGGUAUUCCCGAUAAGAUUAUUGAAUGCGCGGAGGAUGCUGCUAAGCAGUGGGAGCAUACCAGUCGUCUCAAGGAGGAUUUGGAGCGUCGCAAGGGUGGUGGGUCCAUUGGUCUAGGUUGGUGGAGUGAUGUUGCUUGGGCUCUGAAGGAGUCGACUGGCGAGGGUGAGGGUGAGGGUGAGGGUAACGAGGAGAUUUCUGAUGCUGGGUUGGAGGUUCUGCGCAAGGCUAUUGAGGCUUUGUGAUUAUAAUCAUGGUCCGUCUGGUUUGUUAUGUUGAUUGGUUUUGAAAUGAUUUCGGAGUACGGUGCUGGGUAUGAAGUCACUUUCUGCAGUUGUUCGUGCUAGGGUCCUAAUCUGCUCGUAUUUGAGCCAUGUCCGUUAUAUUGCCAUGUAUACCAGGGAAUCAGAAUAGAACGUGUUAAACGAUAUGUUUCUGAUUUCAGAACCGCAUGAAGAAAGUAUCCUUUGAGCUC